GUGUGUUCCACCCUCGUCAUGUGAUGUGCGCUCAGGGCUCGGUCUGAGAAGUGCUGAGUCGCUCUGAGAGGCUUCCUCCACGGCGUGCAGGCAGUGAGGGGAGACGGAUGGACAGAUGGGAGGACGGGUGGAUGACGGUUGGAUGUCGGACAGAGGAGAGGAAUGACACGCCAUCGGGAGCAAACACGGAGAGGAAGCUACAGAACCGGUCGUGUUGCGUUGUCCUGGCCAGAAUGCUCCACGUUCAGUUUUCCCUCCCCUCUUGUCACUUGGGAGUUUUGAACAUCGGCCUCGUAAAGAUGCAGAAGUUUGUCUUGAAGGGACUUUUACCACCACAAGGAGCCGCUGCUCACCACACCAGUGAGCGCCGAUCCCCGGGGAGCAUGAGUCAUGACCUCGGUGGUGCUGGUCGACACUGGUGGGACGGUGGUGGAGUACGUCGCGGCCGAGGAAGACCCCCAGCAGGGGGAAGACUGCGAGCUGGACGUGGAGCUGGACGGCGAGGUGGAAGGCCAGUGUGAAGCCGAGGACGCAUACGAAGACGUGCAGGAGAUGGGGGAGGCCGGGGACUACCCGGCGGUCAUCGUGGAGGAGGUGCCGGGCGCCAGCGUGACCGAGGAGCAGGCGUACUCCGCCCAGGUGCUGGUGUACAACGACGAGCCGUACCUCCUGCAGGAGGUGGAGGCAGAAGAGGAACCAGUGGAGGCCUCUGUUCAUGGCACCAGCGUUCACUGCUCUGAUAAAACCAUCGAGGCUGCAGAAGCGCUGCUGCGGAUGGACUCGCCGUCCAGCCUCCGUGAAGAUCGCAGUCCAGAGGCUUUCAUGUCGCCGUGCGGCGCCACGCCGGACUUCCUCCACGCCGCCAUGCGGCCCGACGUGAUGGCGGAGACGGAGGUGGAGAUAUCGACGGAGGACUGCUGCGAGGACGAGGAUGAGGAGGCGGUCAUGCUGCUGGAGGAGCCGGAGCCCUUCCACGAGCCCGGCAGGAAGAGGCGAGCCGGACGAAAACCAAAAACUCACCAGCUGGACAUUUCCAACGGCUCCCCGGACCUCGGCAUCAAGAAGAAACCCAGAGAAGGAAAAGCAGGAAGCACCACCUACCUGUGGGAGUUCCUGCUGGACCUCCUGCAGGACAAGAACACCUGUCCCAGGUACAUCAAGUGGACGCAGAGGGAGAAAGGCAUCUUCAAGCUGGUGGACUCCAAGGCCGUGUCCCGGCUGUGGGGGAAACACAAGAACAAGCCGGACAUGAACUACGAGACGAUGGGCCGGGCGCUCAGGUAUUACUACCAGAGGGGCAUCCUGGCCAAGGUGGAGGGCCAGCGGCUGGUCUACCAGUUCAAAGAGAUGCCCAAAAACAUCGUCAUCAUCGACGACGACAAGGCCGACCUGUCCGACCCCGACGCCCUGCUGGUCGCCGACAAGACGCUGCCGUACGAGCGCGUGCCGCCGCCGCCCGACCUGCUGCUGCACUCGGACGUCUGCUCCCCCAAGAGGCCCAACAUCCUGCGGGGCGCCGGCAGGUCCAGCGUGGUCCAGACGUCCGUGGCCUCCAGCAGCAAGCCGGCGGCGCCGGCAGCAGGGGGAGGGGCCGCGGCGGCGCCGAGGGUCGUGACGGUCUCGCCCGACGGGAGUCAGGCGCAGCGGUCACACGCCACCAUCAUCCCCAACGCCUCCGGGCCCAGGACGGUGCGGGUGGCCAUGCAGGUGCCCGUCGUCAUGACGACGUCGCUGGGUCAGAAGAUCUCCUCGGUGGCCGUGCAGCAGCCGGCGGGAACGACGGUGGCGGGCGGACACGCCACGCUCCUGACCAGCGCCUCGGCCUACGGCGCCGCUGCCGGGAACGCCAACUCUCAGCAGAAGGUGGUGAUCCAGACCAUCCCCACCAUGGUUCCCGCCACCGCCGACAACGGAGACAAGAUCACCGUCCAGCUGGCCAAGAUCAUCACCAUCCCGGCCCACCAGCUGGCCCAGUGCCAGCUGCAGACGCCCGCCGGCGCCGGCAAGCCGGGCGUGGCCGCCUCCCCGGCGGGCCUCAGCCUCCUGGGCGGCCCCCUGACGGUCCGGGCGCUGGCGCCGGUCAGCGUGGCGCCGGGCACGCAGGUGAUGAGGCUGACCGUGCCCACGCAGACGCAGCCCCAGCCCCAGACUCUGGUGGUGUCGCAGCCGGGGGGCGGCGGCGCUGCGGCGACGGCGGCCAAUCAGACGCCGGCGGCACAGCCGCGCAUCAUCAGCGGCGUCCUGAACGGCGCCGAGCUGGUGAUCGGGGGCGGCGCCGGCGGCGUGACGGUGGAGAAGCUGAAGGCCGCCGGCCUGCAGGUGCAGGCGCUGCCGCUGCUGCCGCAGAAGAACAAGCCCCUCCCCAAAAUUGAGGCCGGCGUCCAACCGGAGGCGGCGGACGGCGACGGGCUCCUCCAGCUGGAAAUGGCGCCGGGCGUGACGAUAAAGACGGAGGAGCCGGAGUGCUGAGCGCCUCGCUAGCAGCAGCCGUCUGUCAAACUGAAGACUGAAGCGUCUCCUCGGACGACGUUCGGGACCAACGUGAUCACUACACGCCACGGCGGAGGAAAACAAACAAACAAACAAAAACACUACGGAAACUCGGCGACAAUGUGAAGUUUGAUAUCAGAAGCAGCUUCUGCAGAAUUCCUCUGCAAAACGUCAAAACCAGCAACUUUUUUUUUUCUUUUUUUUAACUAACUAAUAUCACUGUGCAGAUCCAGAGUGGGCGGAGCUCUGAGGCGGUGGUCCCAACCUGAGGUUCACGGCCCCGUUGGGGGACGCCGGUUAACGAGAUGAGGAGGCGGAGCUCCCAGCAGGAAGGAUGUCGGGCAGAAAGGUCACGCGUGUAAAUAUAUAAAUAGCUGGAACUGUCUCUGGACUGCGGAGCCGCAGGACUCCACACCUUCUACCAAGCACAGUAUUAUCCCAACCUCGUAUUCUCCCCAUCUGACAGAAGGCCCGCGGCGCAGAACCUCCAAAUAGGAACCAGGAAAUGAGUUGUAGGUCACUUUAGCUCCGGAGGAAAGCCGCGGCGGCUCCGCACCGCCAUUUCAUCGUUACGCUUAUUUUUUAAAAAAAAAAAGGAAACAAAAGAAGAGGGAAGAUGUUCGUGUUCAGACUGAACUGUUUGUAUAUUCAACAUUUGAAGUAUAUUCUAUUUUGUUGUACUCUUGUUUCAAAGUGUAUUAAAGUAGAUUUUACUGAAAUAUAAAAGGACUUUUGAAACCUGAA